AUGUCUCACCCCAAGUUAGAUGAUGCAGGGCUUUCAAAUCUCAAAGAAGUCGCAAGUCACUGUGAAAGCCGGAAUGAUGAUCGCGAGGAAUUACGAGAGGCCCAGAUCGCGGCUGAACAUGAACGAGAAACCUCAUUCCUCAAAUCGCUGAAGCUUUACCCUGCUGCGAUUGCUUGGUCUGUCCUGCUGUCAACCGCCAUUAUCAUGGAGGGCUACGACAUGAAACUGAUCGGCUCUCUGAACGCCCAGCCGGCUUUUAAACGGCGUUAUGGCAAACAACUACCUAACGGCCGCUACGAAAUCCCAGCUCCAUGGCAAGCAGGUCUGUCAAAUGGCGCCUCCGUUGGCUCACUUAUCGGCCUGUACCUUAAUGGUCACAUCUCCGAACGUAUCGGGUUCAAAAAGACCAUGUUGGCUUCUUUAGCCUUAAUGGCCGGCACCAUUUUUAUUCCUUUCUUCGCACCAAGCAUCGAGGUCCUACAAGUUGGACAGAUCUUCCAGGGCAUUCCAUGGGGAAUAUUCCAAACGCUGACCACCGCAUAUGCAGCUGAAGUCUGUCCUGUCCAUUUGCGCGGCUAUCUCACAACCUACGUCAACCUCUGUUGGGUCUUUGGGCAAUUCCUUUCGGCAGGUGUCCUUAGAGCCAUGGCCGGACGCACUGACGAAUGGGCGUAUCGAAUCCCCUUCGCGCUACAAUGGAUGUGGCCAGUCCCCUUGAUGGUCGGCAUUGCAUUCGCACCGGAAUCUCCCUGGUGGUGUGUGCGACAGAACCGCCUCGAAGAAGCAAAGCGCAAUCUGCGUCGUCUGACUUCAUGCAAUAAUCGAUCUGAUGAAGAUAUUCACCACAUGAUGGCACUCAUGCAAGUCACUGUCAACAAAGAGAAAGAAGCUGGCACUGGAUCUUCGUACCUCGACUGCUUCCGAGGGGUUGAUCUCCGCCGUACCAUUCUCGCCUGCUGCGUCUGGGCAAUCCAGAUCUUGUCCGGCACAGGUCUCCGCACUUACUCGACGUACUUCUAUCAACAAGCUGGCCUACCGACCGUGCAGGCCUUCAACAUGAGCGUGAUUCAAUACGCUCUGGGAAUCGUCGGCGUGUUCAUUGCCUGGUUCCUUCUACCAUACUGCAGCCGGCGAACGCUGUAUAUCUGGGGCCUGGCCGGUCUCGGCCUGUGCCUGAUCGUCAUCGGUGGCCUUGGUACGGUCGACUACACCACACGGCCCGCCAUCUCGUGGGGCAUUGGGAGCAUGCUGAUCGUGUACACCGUCAUCUACGACAUCACUGUCGGCCCCAUUUGCUACGCGUUGGUCUCUGAAAUCCCCUCUUCUUCGUUGCGGAGCAAAUCUAUCGUCCUCGCCCGCAUGACUUACAACCUGCUCAACAUCGUCAGCAACGUCAUCACACCCUUCAUGCUCAACCCAGGCGCCUGGGCGUGGGGUGCCAAGACAGGCUUCUUCUUCGCUGGAACGUGUGCCGUGUCUCUAGUGUUUACCAUCUUGUGCAUCCCGGAGACGAAGGGCCGCACAUAUGCAGAGUUGACGGUGCUGUUUUAG